AUGGCAGAGACUGCUUGGCGUAUUGAGGCCCAAGCUGCAACUGCUACAUCAAACUCUCAACCAACGGCUUCCAGUUCUACGACCAACCCAGCCAACAGUGCAAGCUUCAAUGAUGAUCUUUCCAAUGCGGAUUCCUGUGAUGACAAGUUCCAGGCUCGCGCCAUCAUUGAGGAAGAAAUUUUCCGUCAAUACAUUGCAAACAUUGGCGUGGACAAGCAUCAUACGGUCUACCCCCAUCUGACCGACCUGAACCGCUACAUUAUCCUGACUUCUAGUAAUGUCGCUUUGUGGGCAAAAGCAAUUCACUCCAAAGAACCUGGGGUUAGCGUGCUGUGCCCUCCGGCCUUGAUGAAGUACUACAAUCAAAGAUCGGCUCCCGCCCCAGCGGUUCAGCACCCUGCGCCUCCGAGCACUCCUCAAAUGGAUAGGCAGGAGAUGGUGGCAACGCUGGUUGAAGUCUAUCACGCGACCUUAGGCAGUGCGCAAUCUGCGACAUCCCAGCGUGUGCAAUCCCCAUCCGUUCAUCCCCCUACUGCGCAAUCCCCUUUGGCUUGGUCCCCCUCUCCGGUGAUCCCUGUCAAAGCCUGCAAUAAUCAUGCUCCGGUGAUCCCUGUCAAAGCAGGCGAUAAUCAUGGCUCCAUGGCCGAUUAUUUGCGGUUUGCAGGUGUCUUAAACACCGAACAAACAAUGCAAAUCUUACAACACCAUGAGGUUGACCACUACCUCAUACUUGGCGUCAACUACAUGUCACUUAGUGAGUUGCAGUCGUUGGGGUUGUCAGUCGGUACUCUUGCUUGGCUCCGUCGCAAUGUGGGUCAAUACCAACAGAGCCUGGCCGCCCAGCGGCCUUAG